UCAGAUGCACACGCGAAUCAACACGGAAUUAAGUGAGUGAAUAAAAAAAUUAAACGUGUACACAAAAAUAUGCGGCUUUUACAAAGUGUUGUGAUUUUGAUUUUGUUGGAGAGUGUAACUUGGGGUCAGCAUUGGUCUAAAGCACGGCUACGAAGACAACAGCAAAUGCUGCAGUUGAGGACGGCUUUGAACUUGAAAAAUAGGAUAAAGGAGAAAAUAGAGCACUAUAGGGAAAGAACUACGCAGUCUGUUUGUUACGAUGUAGUAGGCUGUUUCAAUUUACCUCACAAAAACUCGCCUCUACAGAAAACACCAGAAAGUCCAGAACUUCUUAAAACUAAGUUUUAUCUGUAUACUAGAAGCACAGAUUUUACUGAGCCAGAAGUUCUAUAUUACGAUGAUAACGACAACUCAUUAAAUAGUUCAUCGUUUAGAAUUUCUGGUCCACUAAAGGUGGUGGUCCAUGGAUAUAUGAGCAAAUGGAAUGAAAAAGCUGCAAUGAUUAUUACGAAUUCUUAUUUAAAAAUGUACGACUGUAACGUUAUUUUGAUGGAUUGGCAUAUGGGUGCUCGAGGACCUCAUUAUCCUGUAGCUGCAGCAAAUACAGAACUAGUGGGGAGGCAACUCGGCAUACUAUUAACAAACAUGGUAAAAAAAGGUUUGGAUCCACGGAACAUUCAUCUCAUCGGAUUCUCUCUAGGAGCUCAUGUCUCAGGAACUGCUUCAGAAAGUUUGAAAGACAAAGGAUACUUGCUAGGAAGAAUUACUGGUUUGGAUCCAGCAAGUCCCCUUUUUCGGAAUAAUUAUUUAAGGGAAAAUUAUAAAAAAUUAGACAGAAGUGAUGCUAAAUUUGUAGACAUAAUUCAUACGGAUUCCAGUCCUUUUGUAACUGACGGUUUUGGAUUAUGGGAUCCCAUAGGGCAUGUUGACUUUUUCCCUAAUGGAGGCCAGGAUCAACCAGGAUGUAAUGAUGUAAAAGAUUCCAUCGUCGUCUCACAUUUUGAGAAAGGUCUAUCAAAAGAACUGGUAUGCAGCCACGUACGCUCUUUCCUUCUUUAUAGAGAAGCUCUUCAGAACGAAUUAGACAAAAAGAACGGGAACACCAAAGCCUGCGAAUUCAUAGCUUAUAACUGCCCGAGAGGACGAGCAGCUUUUGAAGAAGGAAGUUGCUUUCCUCAGCUUCACCAUCAGAAUCAUUCCACUGUCGAACCAGCUUUCGGAACGGAAAUCGGUCGUAUUGGAGAAAGUGCCAAAGGAGAAGGUGUUAUGUUUUUCUCUACAAGGGGUGAAAGUCUAUAUUGUGGUACCCAGUUGCAAGCAAUAAUUGAAUUAUCAGAUAAAAAUGGACCUCUAAAAGGAAUCUUAAAAUUGCAAAUAACUUCCAAAAAUAUUUCUUCGAAUUUCCACAUACAUUUUGAGUUUAAAAUUACAGAAAUUACUCGGAAAACAAUAUACGCUGUAGGUGCAGCCGAUUACAACAGAAUUACCAAUAAUGUAGACUCACUACAAGCUAAAUUUAGCUAUGUCGACAUGGCAAGUCAAGAAAAAAGAUUUGAUCACAGCUACAUACCAGUGGUAUAUUUCAAUAAACUACUAGUGAGAGAUAUGUUUGGAAAUAGUUGGCAGUAUUGCAAGAGAGGUACGAAAACUGGAGACUCUGAUGAAAAAAUGUUCGAGCUGCUGUUAUCAACGCGAAGUAAAACUGUUUGUACCUAAUAAAAAAACUAAAACAAUAUUGUGUGUUGUCCCCACUUAAUGAAAAUUCCCAGUGUAGCGCAUUUGUAAAAGGACAAAAAGGGUAUUUACCUAUUUAUCAAAUAACAUACCUAUUUAUUAUAAUUAUAUGCUCGCACAAGAGAUCAGUAGUGCCACCGAAUCUAAUAUUCGUGAGAGCUACUCAUACAAUAUUCGAAAACUUUCGUGCAAGACAACAACCCAUACAGCACAGGUCAUCUUUAAGAUAUCUUAUUUACAACCAAAUAUGGUCUUAAUGUCUUAGGUCUCAAUUAAGACUUUUAAAAGAUAUCUUUAAAACGCCAAAUUUAAGAUAUCUUUAAAACACCAAAUUUAAGAUAUAUUUUAAACAUCAUAUUUAAGACAUUUUUUCUUAAAAAUAGGUUAUGUUAUAAUUACGAAUUUAAAAGUUAGGUUAGGUUAGUAAAACAUUUAAGACAAGAGCUGGUAGCAAAAAGACAAACUCCAAACAAAAGCUUUUUCACAUCAGUGACUUCAGUGGUAUUUCCCAUAUGGUUGUAUUUGAGGGAUAUUUAGAAGACUACAGAUUUUAAUAAUGCAGUAGGUAUCGGAGCUUGUUAAAGUAGGAGGAUCAAAAGCCUAUAAUUUUGUAUAGAGUUAAGUAUAGAGUUAAGUAUAGAAGUAUAGAAAAUUAAUUAUUAGCAAUGAGCAAGCUUUAAGUACAGUUGGCUGGGACAGAAAGGCAAACAAAAGUUUUAUGAUACUAGAAUUGCAAAUCUGACAAUUGGUAAAGCUUAUUCUACAUGUACAUGUAAAAUUUUAAUAGCAAUAAACGUAUUUUUAGAA